AGCUCGCUGCCGCCACGACGUGCUGACGUCAGCUUCUGUACGUCGCUGCUGGCUCGCUGUGGAGAACGCGCUGACGUCAGCAGCUGUGCGUCGCUGCUGGGUCGCUGUGGAGGAAUGUGCAGAAACUUCUUCCCCAACACUUUUCUUUCUGCGCUGUUCGUCGAAGACAAAAAAAAACACUCAGAAAGAGGAAAAAAACAGCAGGAAAGUUUGAUAAAGUUUGGAUCGGAGGAGCCGCUUUUUGUCCCGCGGAGGUGAAGCGUUGAACGUCGACAUGGCCGCUCAGACGGUGUUCCCCGUGGAGAUGUUUCCUGUGGGAGUUUCCCUGAUGGAGGACGGUCAGACCCUCAGCGACAUGCCCAGGAACACGCUGCCCGCCCCUCAGCUGGUGAUGCUGGCCAACGUGGCGGCGGCGGAGGGCUGCGGUGGCGGCGGCGGCGGCGGCUGUGGCGACGGCAGCGGCAGCGCGGCGGACGAGAAGGAGAUGAUGGAGCUGAAGACGGUGGGAUGCAACUACUCGGACAGCGAGGACGAGAGCAUCAUCAGGUACAGCUACGACAACCAGAACCACCGAGAGGUGUGCAUCAUCGAGUACCCCGAGUCUCCGGGCCCGGGCAUCGUCGCCGUGGUCGUAGGAAACGACACAGAGGAGGACGAGGAGGAUGAGGACGACGGGGACAAAGCUGAAGACCUGUCGCGGCGCUCUCAGCCCCGCCCCUCAGCCGGCGGCGGCGGCGCGCCUCCGGCGGGCACCAAACGCAAAGACGGCCCUGCGGCGACGGCGACGGCGACGGCGGCGGCGGAGGGGGCGAAGAAGAAGAAGCCGUUCCACUGUAAACCCUGUCACUUCCAGGCGCAGAACGAGCAGGAGUUUGUGGAGCACCUGAGCACCCACGCCGUUAGCAAGAUGAUGGUGGUGAACCGGGUGGAGGGACGCAGCAAGGCCAAGGCCAAGGAGGCGGAGACACCGGAGUCACGGGCGCCAUCGGGUGGGGAGGCGGAGAGCGGCGGGGAGGCGGCAGCCGCCGGCGGCGACAGCAAAGGGCUGAUCCGCUGUGAACGGUGCGGAUACAACACCAACCGCUAUGACCAUUACAUCGCUCACCUGAAGCACCACAGCAAGGAGGGCGAGGACCACAGGGUGUUCAAGUGCACUCUGUGUCCGUACACCACCGUCAGCCAGUAUCACUGGAGGAAACACCUGAGGAACCAUUUCCCCAGCAAACUGCACACCUGCAGCCAGUGUUCCUACUUCUCCGACCGCAAGAGCAACUACAUCCAACACAUCCGCACACACACAGGUGUGCGUCCGUUCCAGUGUCCGUACUGCGACUACUCCAGUUCCCAGAAGACUCACCUGACCAGACACAUGAGGACUCACUCCGGUGAGCGACCCUUCAAGUGUGAGAGCUGUAACUACCUGGCAGCCAAUCAGCAUGAGGUGACCCGCCACGCCCGGCAGGUGCACAACGGGCCCAAACCUCUGGCCUGCCCGUACUGCGAGUACAAGACCGCCGACCGCAGCAACUUCAAGAAGCACGUCGAGCUGCACCUGAACCCUCGCCAGUUCCUCUGCCCGCUCUGCAAGUACGCCGCCUCCAAGAAAUGCAACCUGCAGUACCACAUCAAGUCCAGGCACUCCGGCUGCAAGGUCCCCGUGGACGUCUCCAAGGUCAAACUGCGCGUCAAGAAACCCGGCGCCGAUGACACCUCCAGAGCCAGCAAGUUUGAAAAUUCAUCCAGCGUCGAGGAGGACUUCGACGUUGACGAAGACGAGGAACUGGAUCCCAUCGAUAAACAAUCGAGUCCCAUCAAUCUGUCGAUCAAGAAGAGCAGCAAGCCCAGCGUCGCCCAACCGGUGCAGAGCGAAACACCUGACAAGGUUCAGAAGAAAGCUAACGAGAAAGCUAGCUCUGAGAAAGACAAACUACCAAAGACCAAGGACAAGAUGGAGCCGGAGAAAAAGGUCUCAACGAGGCAAAAGAAGAUGGAGAAGAUCAACGAGAAUCCUGUAGAGAGCACAGGAACUCAGACGGAGGCCGUACCGGCUGCUGCGAACGCUGACAGCAAGGUGAAGAGACGAGUCAAGAAGCCGCCGGUGGAGAAAACUGCUGUCCAAGACCAGGCAGAAGUAACUGAACCUGAAAAAGACCAGAAGGAGACGGAGAAGUCUGACCAACAGAGAGCUGUGGAAGAAAGAGCCGUGAGGCACAAAGUGGAGAAAGAGGAAGAAAAGAGGCCUGAGAAGGAGAAAGAACAGCUGAAGACUGAGAGCAGCGGAAAGGACAACAAAAGCCUCAACAAGCCGAGGAAGUCUGGAUCAAAGAAGUCAGAGAAAAGUGCAGAAAGUGCCGAAGCAGCUCCGCAGAAACCAGACAGUCCUGAGAAAAAGGAAAAGUCGGUCAAAGAAAAGGCAGCAAAGAGGAAAGCUGUGGAGGCUUUAGAUCUUUCCAAAAAGUCCUCGUCUGAGACGCCCACCAAGACCAGGCGGCUGAAAGCCACAACUGCCGAGAAGCUGCAGUCGAAAUCUGUGUCAGAGGACGUUAACAAGACAAAUGAUGCCACUCCGACACAACACAAGUCCACCACCACAAAGCAGAAGAAGACCAGGAACUCCAACCAGAAAGCCACAGGACUCCAACAAACGGCUAAAGACAAGACGUCCCCCGUUAACAUUCAAACAUCCGCUCAGCUGCACGACCCGACGCCCGACCCCCCGCAGGACGCCGCUCCCAUGGAAGAAACGCCUCCAUCGGUGCCGGAGAAGACUCUGGACAAACCCUCAGAGAAGAUGGAAGUUUCUCCCGCCGGCAGCUCAGUCGAGGACACGCCUGCUCCCGCUGAGGGCCGCCCCGCCCCCACCUUCGCUAAACCCACAUCACCGCCCUCUCUGCUGCUUCCGAGCCAACGCAGCAAACCCGCCGACCCAGAGGACGACGAGGGCAUCCACAGCAGCCACGAAGGAGGAAGCGACAUCAGUGACAGUGCCUCUGAGGGCAGCGACGACUCCGGCCUCAACGGUAACGGCGGCGUCGGGUCGGGGAAGAUGGCGAACGACCCCGAAACGCCCACGGACGAAAUUCCAACACCGACUGAGCUCAAGAGUCACAUGUGCAUCUUCUGCGACCGCACGUUCCCUUUGGAGGUGGAGUACCGCCGCCACCUGAACCGCCACCUCGUCAACGUCUACUACAUGGACAACACCGCUAAGGGACAGAAAUGAGGAUCCGUAUCCAUGGCAACGCACUCCGUAUGAACUUCUUGUUUGAAGCUUUUUUCCCCCUUGAAGCAGAAACUUUAAAUUCAGGCUCUCGGCGCUGAAAACAAGCCGAGACGUCGGGAAGAAAACCAGAGAAUGAUCAGCUGUCUGAACGUCGGUUCUUCAGUAUAAAAGUUUGAUUCUGUAUCUUCUGAACACGGUUACAUCGACUCACUGUAUGUCUCAUCAUUAGAGGUCCAAACACCCCCUUCAUGAAAUAUAUGAAACCCACUCUUACAAACUCGCCUCUGGUUGUCGACUCGGAGAGACCAAACAUUUGUUUAAAGUCAGCUACAGAUUUUAUUGUACUUUGUUUUCAGCUGCGUGAUUUAGAUCUUUGUUUGCACACUUACUGUUGGAAAAACAUUUAAUCUCACCAACAGACUCUCAAAACGUCACCAAACCUGUUAUGUCUGUCCGUAUAAAUCCGGUGCUAAUCCAACCAGGGCUGGCGCUGCAACAGAUUCAGUCCGUCACACGUUACAUGGUGACAGUUUUGGUAUCAGCUCACCAACAUGUUCAUGUGUCACCAGAUCUAACAUCGUUCUACCAGAUUUGGUGAAACUGUGAUAAAGCUUCAGCUGUAGUUUUAAAUGAGAUCUAUAAGACAUCAGUUUGUUACCAGUGUGAUGCUGGACGUUGAGAACCGGCUUCAGGUCGCAGCACCUUUUGGUUCCCAGAACACCUGCAGGUCCAGUUCCUGCGGUUGAACCUGCUGCCGGGAACGAGUCGCCUCCCAAAGGACUCGUUAUGUGAGUCUGUUGCUUUGCAUAUGUGUGAACAUGCAGACGUGUAGCUGCAUCAUGUUUAUCAUUUGCAGCUUCAUUAGUUAAACAUCAGAUUCAUUUCCGAAGGGACGUUUUCUGGAACCGCAGCAGAACAUUCUGGUUGAAACGCUGCGUCCGUGACGACUUCCUGUCUGUUUAACUGCAUCAUCACAUUACAGUCGGGUUUCUACUCGGGAUUCAUUCAACAUUUCACUUUGUAAGAUAUUAAAUGUCGGUUGAGUUUGUCCAAAUAUUAUUUUCUAUAAGUUGUUUUGCCAUUUUUAAAAACUUCAGUGCCUUUGACAAUCAAUUUUGUGUACAGAAAUACUUUUUUUUUUAGCUCUUUUUUGUCCCGUUUCUCUUUUUACGUGCAACAAGUUAUUCUGAUGUUUUUUGUUUCGGACGGUUAAACUCUGCAGUUUGUCUCUGAAAGAUAUUUUCUCUACAGUCCAAAGAGACGACGCGUUUUACUUUCUGUACACUUGUGAAUAUCUGUUAACUGUCACAUAACACACGUAACAAACCUGCUUCCUGAGUUGUGAUUGGUCGAGCAGGAUUACAGGUUAAUGUAGAAACGUCACAACAUAUCUUCAUAGUUCAGGACGGUUUAUUCUUCAUUUAUAAAUCUGCAUUAGUCUCAUUUUGGUGGCCUGUGAUGAAUAAAAAAUGAAACUAACAUCAUCAGUUUGAGUCUAAACUUGCUGUAAAAUCUGAAUAAUCAGCAGCUCGUUUCCUUCGGAGUAAUUCUGUGCAAUAUUCCUUUUUUUUAGUUGAGAAGCCAAAGUGAACGAGAGUCUCGUGUUUGUGUUUUUUUUCUUUUUGCUGUAUAGAAACUUUAAUAUCCUUCACUUCUGAUCUGAGGACAGUUAUCAGCAGGAAAUAAAGAGCCAGACAGACGACGGCCGAGUGUUUCCUUCUGUUUGUUCUGGUGUCACUGUGAUCAACCUGCUUCUACUAAAAACACAAAGUAAACGUUAAAAGGACGACGCUGGUGUGUGUUUGAUCUUUUCAUUUACUAUAAAAAUUCCCCUGAAGAGACAAAAUCAUAUCUGAUGAAGAUGAAGAUGCCACAAAGAUCCGGCACAACUUUGUACAUUUUUAAAUAAAGUUGUUCAGAGUGACGCUGCUGAGUUUAAUGACUAAACUGAACUUUUUCAUCCUUCAUGUUGUUUCCUCCGAAUAGAGAAAAUGAACCUUCAGCUGUGAUGAAUUCAUCAGUUUCACUGCAGGAUAUAAAACAGUCUGAAGAUAAAAUCACAUCAUCUUUGUCCUUUAAGGUUUCCUGUAACUCACUUCAUUGAUCAUCAGAUUAGAUUUCAAUGAUUAUCAUAUUUCUCCUGAGUAUAAACGUCAUGUGUUCACUGUAUGUUCAGACAUAUAAACUAACAGCAGCUGUGAUUCCAUCUACAGGAGGCAAAUUUAACCUGUAUGAUACUUUUUUAAAUAAAAGAUUUUCAAGCUGA